GGCAGCAUGGCUCGGAAAAAGCUGAAGCCAAAGUGGGUGUGGCUAAAGUUGUGUCAUAGCAUGUAGUUGCUAGGCUGCUAGCUAACGUUAGUGAUUUCUCCAAAUAGUCGUUUUACUUCUCGAAAUCACAAAGCCAUGCAAAUUCCGUAAUACUUUAAGAACGACAAAUGUAUGGAACGAUACAUCAGCAAUUUUAAACAAUCAAACAGUGCUUGGCUUUAUGCUUGGGUUAAACAAACAGCGUCGGAGGGCAACUGUAUCAGGCGCAAAGACGUCGCUUGCUAAUAACUAGCAUUCUCGCUAUCACUUGGCAUGUCAACAGUUUGCUGCAGGUAUUUGGAUUAUCUGGCAUUCCGUGAACGUUAACGGUGUCGUUAUAUUUCAGUGUAACGUUAGAAAAUGUAACACUGCUUCAUAAACGUGAGGAUGCUGUAACAGGUCGAACAAGCUGUCAACAUGGAACUGCAGAGAUCAACGACAUGAGGCACUUCUGUCCUUUUCCUGUAAAGACACCCCAUUUACCCCUUUUACCUAGUCGAGGAGACCUUCAAAAACGCUUCAAAAAAGGAAAAUGUCGGCAACUUACCAAAAAGAAUAAUGAACCAGAGGGACACAAAAUGCUGAAUGUAUUCCCAUUCUCAUGACCCCAAGAGGGAGAUAUGGGCAUCCUAAGACUGGUAGCCAGAAUCAUGGGUAGGAUCAGUACUUUCAGGUCCUAUCAGUUUGUGCUUCUCCUGGCUGCUGCACUUGCUGUUGUAGCUUUUUACUACUUUGGCUCAGAGAGGCAGAACUUCUCCAGCACCACAAAGAGGAUCAAGCACACCCAGGCCAGCCACAACGCCAACAGAAACGAUGCUGACCUAACUGUGGACACCAGGCUCUCACACCCAGUUGGAUCUGAGGAGCAAGGAGAGGAAGAGCGAGAUGAAGGAGGAGAGAGCAAGGGAUUAAGGCCCAGGAAAGGGGACAGCGAUCGCGCUGGUGACCAACGCUACCACGCACUCAUGAUGUUCACCAAGGUGGACAAGAGCCGGAGCCUUCAGGACAAGUUCAGGGUGGCCAUGUUAUCUAUGGUUCAGCACGGACAUUUCAUGGAAGGAGAGGUGUUGGUCCUUCAUUUUGUGAGCGACCAGGCCAGCAAAGAACUGGGAGAGAGGAUGCUGCAGGAGUUUCUACUUGAUGCAACGUUUAAGUAUGAGGUGUUGUUCCAUGACGUGGUGGCUCUCACACAGAAGCUGUUCCCUAUUGUGGAGGCCAUGCAGAAGCACUUCAGCGCUGGCUCUGGGGCUUACUACAGCGACGCCAUCUUCUUCCUCUCUGUUGCCAUGCAUCAUAUCAUGCCUGAAAGUCUGACGCGCAUAGUGCAGCUUGACCUGGACCUGAAAUACAGGACCAACAUCAGGGACCUUUUCCAAGAAUUUGACCAGUUUCCUCCAGAAGCAGUAAUAGGCAUCGCAAGAGAGAUGCAGCCAGUCUACAGACACACUUUUUGGCAGUAUCGUAAAGAGAACCCUCAGACCAGAGUAGGUGAUCCUCCUCCUGACGGCCGCCCAGGCUUCAACAGUGGUGUGAUGUUAUUGGACCUAGGUGCUAUGAGGGACUCAGCUCUCUACAACCAACUGUUGGAGCCUAGCAAUGUGGCCAAACUAGCAGACCAGUAUCGCUUCAGGGGCCACCUGGGGGACCAGGACUUCUUCACCAUGAUCGGCAUGGAGCAUCCUGAACUGUUUUAUUCGCUGGCCUGUGGGUGGAACCGUCAGCUGUGCACCUGGUGGAGGGACCACGGAUACGGAGACGUGUUUCAAAUGUAUUAUCGCUGUGUUGGACGUGUCUAUAUCUACCAUGGGAACUGUAACUCCCCUAUACCAGAUGACUGAUGUAAGCACUGGACUGAUGCUGGAUCUGAAAAGGAGUCUAUGACAUCUACAAUAUAGUUUAAGGGAAAUAUUUGUCCUGCUUUUUGGAAGGGAGAAUUGUGACUAUUAUGUCAGUUGCCGUUGUUGACCAGUGUACUGCCGGUGUAGUCGCAUACUUUGCCCCCUGCUGGUCAAGGGGCUACUGAAAGGCCUGCCCAUAUAAAGUUGCUACAAAUAUGGCAUUUAUCUGUUUUUUUGGUGGGUUGAAAACAACCUUGUGUUGCAAUACAAAAGGAGCUGCAAUAGUUGGACCAUUUUUCUUUAGGUACAAAGAUAACGAAAUUAUUAAAUAUGAUCUAUGGACUUCAGCUUAGUAACAGAUCUAAUAAUUUGAAGGCUUGAGAGUAGAAAUACGCAGUUCACGUUAAACAGUAAUCUACCUAGAAUGUGUUCUUGCCUAUAUUUGACUGGCCAGUGCAGCGCCUUGCUGAAUGAUGUUUCAUUGUGUUGUGAAGAAAGUUUUUGCAUGGGCCCUCUGCAUGGCACCCUGCUGUCUCAAUGCUGGAAUCAUUAAAAUAAAUAGGGGCUAACAUUAAAACAUUACAUAAGAGAGUGGUAGGAGGGGUCAGGGACAUAAUAAUUAACAAUGAUGGCUGUUGCAUUUGCAGUCUAGCUCAGGCCAAACGCAAGUUAAGUGAAGAGGCCGUGCAGACACUGACCCACUUUUGAGUUCUUGCUGUGCUCACUGAACUGCCCUUCGGAUUCAAAGAAAUGUCAACACUCAAUAUUCAUCCGUCAAGAAAUUGUCUGAGGUGAUUCACACUUUGACACACACGUACACACAGUGAGAGUAAAGCAGCUGAAUGUCCUGCACUACCAGUGGAGUCAAAGACAGGCUACUGAAGACACUUAAGAAUAAACAUCCCAAAUCAAUACGAUUUCCUUGAAUUCACCUUGAAGCUCGUCAAUAUUUUGGCUCUUUCAGAACAGUCUUUAGUCUCCAUACCGUUGAAUCAGAGUAAACACUGUUCCCUCAUUGCACUUUACAACUUCAAAACACAUUUUUUAUUUGUAGUUUUUUGGUUGAUUUUCUACUCUUUAGGGAGCAAUUGGUUUCCAUUGCUUCCAGUGCAUUAUAAUGAUGGCAGAGACUAAACAUUUUUUGAGAUUAGUAAUCAUCACAGUGAGCCCUUUAUUUUGUAUUUUUCAUCACUACACAAUUAUGUUGUAAUGCAGUGGGACAUUUUACAGUAAAGUUUACUGGAAAUAUCUUUGUUACUUAAAAUAGGGACAAUCUACAUUUCCUUGAAAGAACUACUCUAUUUUAAUUAAAAUAAAUAUUCAUUAAUUUUAUCAUUGGAAACUUUAUUCUUCGUAACAAUAUAAUUCUUGCCUGUAGACACAUUUUCCAUUUUGCAUAGUCAGCUGAGUUUCUGUUCUCUGACUAAUAGACCCAGCAAUUUAUAGGUAUUAUUUAUUCAAAGAGUACCAAUUAAACACUUUUACUUUUACAAGUGUUAUGUUUUAUGUGUUACUUUUACCCACAAACACUCCUUUGUAUAACAUGGGAUGUUUAAAAUAGCUGGAGAUCGAUUAAAAAAAAUCCAAGAAACGAUCUUUGUAUCAUAUGAAACUAGAAGACCUAAGGAAUCCAUUGGUACCAACUAUAUAUAUUAUGCUAGCUUGUUGGGAAGGAAGGGGGUUAAAAAACCUUCCAAAGUUAGGCUACAUUUUGCUGAGGGAAAAACUGGCAUGGCCAUUUUCAAAGGGGUCCCUCUGUCACCUCAAGAUAUCUGAAUAAAAUGUUACUCAAUACUCACUGACUGUAGAGUCUGAGGAGCUGCACUUCAUUGUGUGUUCAUGUUAAAUAAAAAGUACAUUAAUGUAACUGCUUUGGGGUCAGUUCUUAAUGUAAACAUUGAUAAUUUAAGAAUGCAGCAGGUUAGAGGGAACCUUGUACAAUUGUAGAAUCUCUUUCAUAUCCAAGCUAAAUUGGUAUUGUAACUGAAAUGUUCCUAACCUAUUUAAUAAUGAAUCGAAAAUAAAAUCAAAUUGGGAAUAAAAAAUUCUGCACCUUGUGAAUCGGAAUCAAAUCGAUUCGGAAAAUCAUUAACGAUACCCAGCCCUAGUGUUCAGUGUUGAAGACUGAAGUUGACAUGUUUUUUUCAGUGAAAAAGGCAAAUGUGAACAGUAAAUACAGUAAACUUCCUGUUUUUGUUUUCUUCAGAUGUUUGUCUCUACAUUAUUUAAUAACUUUGAAAUUGUUUCUUUUUGUCUUCAGCUUUCCUAAAUAAAUGAUAUAAGUCCACUCUUUUUUUUACAGUGUUAUUGUUUUAUGUAAACUAAUAUUGCCGACAUAAGUUAUUCUUCGUUGAUGUUUCAGUUAUUAAAGAGCUCACGAGAGACAACCUCUUGUUUGUUGUGUAGGAGGGAGAGAGAGCUGACAACACAUUCUCGUUUCACUUAAGGGUUAUAAUAAGGUGGGCUAGUAGGAAAGCAAUAACCAGAAGAUGGCGAAGUGAUUUGGUGCCUAAAGUGGAAGAAUGGUUUGAUGUAAUGCUAAGCAUUUAUAAUAUGGAAAAGCUAACUGCGUUCAUUAGAUUGGAAGUCGAUAAAUUUAACAAUAUUUGGAAAGGAUGGCUUAAAUAUAUUAGGCAACAUAGAAUGGAUUUUGUUUAUGGACUUGUGGUAAGGUCUGAAUGUGUAUGAAUACCUCUUAAAUGCACUAUGUAGAAGGAUGAAGAAAGCACAUUUACUAUACAAGGAUUGUCACUAAGAGUAACACAUACCACACCCCGGUUCUUAGCUACAAUUUUUUUUUUUCUUUCUUUCUUUGUUUUAUGUUUUAAAAACGAAUGUCACAUCAUUAGGGGCAUU